CGCGCUUGUCUUCUUUCGAGACUUCUUCAUCGGGCGUUUCGCGAGCUUUUCUUCUGAUAUUCUUGUUGUUUUUUUUUUUUAUGCACGGUUUUUACUGUUUUGCACUUGAGAGCGUGUGAAGUGCGCGCAUGCGUAGUGGCUGAUAAUUAACCAAUUUGAAAAUUGCGGUUCUUCUGCUUUUUUCGCAAUUCGAUUUACCGCAUAAUUGCGCAAGAAAUUCCAUUUUUUUUUGUUGUGUGCAAAUAUUUUUGCAAAAAGUGAUUAUAAAGAACAAGAAAUCAGCAAUAGAUUUCAAACAAAGAGCUGCACUUCCUAGGCGAAGCUAAAGGACAUAAAAAACCCUUGACAUACGACAAGAUUCUCGAACUUGGACUCGGAGUAGGCCAAUUAAGAGUUGGCCACAGACGACAACAGGUGUCGGCGGUUCCAGCAGCGACAUCAGCGACAUCAACGACAUCAGCAUUGCACAGCGGCAACAUCCCAGUGACAGCAGCAACAUCGAAAGACAGCGGCAGCAAGUGGCAUCAAUUGCGGUUUUGAUCGCCGGGGCGGGUUGCCUGGUCCGUCGGCGAAAACGGGAAAUCGGAAGAAACAUGUUCUCCUCCAGCGCCGCCACAUCCUCCCUCUCCAUUGGCUUCAAUCUCGGCCAGCUGCUGCCAAUGGUGGCCGUUAUCGGAGUGUUGCAUCUGCCGCGAUUUGUGUGUCAUGCUAGCUGGGCAAGCAGAACGCCAGCGAAUUCCCCUUCCCAAUCCCAUUCCCCUUCCCAUUCCAUUAACGAGAAUGCCACCAUGCAAAUCCAAACGAUGCAGGUGAACUGCAGCCGGGAUCUGCUCGAGAUGCACCUGGAGCUGAGCCGGCCCUUUCGGGGCUUGCUCUAUGCCAAGGACUUUCCGCUGGAGUGUCGGGCGCGGGGACAGGACUCCACCCGGCUGCACCUGCGCAUCCCCACCUCGGGAUGUGGGGUGCGGGCGGAGCCCCUCGAGGACGGCAGUCUGGAGUACUCGGUGCGGGUGAUGCUCCAAAAGGAGCAGAAGCUGCGCCAGAGCACCGACAUCCUCAGCGCCGUCCGGUGCCAGCUGCCGGCCAACGCCAUGGGUAUGCCACUGCCCAUCCUGCGACAGGACAACGGACGCGAGCGGAAUGCUCGGAUGCGGGCCUUGGCAGCAGCGGCUGCAGUUCCAGCCCUGUCCGCAUCAUCAUCACCACCGACGAGCAGCAGCCACACCCACACCCAAUCCCAGCACCAUCACAUGGAGACGCCGCGGGUAAGGAUCUGGCUAGAGUUGGGUGGCCCCAAUGGAACCGGAUCCGUGGAGGUGGGCGUGGCCACCACCCUGACCGUACGGGCCAUCGUACCGGGAAACAUCGGAGUGCGGGUGGUGGACUGUGCCGCACUCGACGGACUGGGCGAAUCCACGCAGCAACUACUGGAUGCCCGUGGGUGUCCCAUCGAUGAGCAGGUAAUGCCCGCUCUGCACACCCAGCACCGACCGGCGGAGGAGGGAUGGUCCAAGCAGCACGAGGAAGACCUGGUCGAGCGGACGUUCGCGGCCACGUUUCCCGCCUUCAAGUUCCCGGACCGCGAACGCCUUCACGUCAGCUGUGGCGUGCAACUUUGCAAGGGGAAGUGUCCGACUCUAAACUGUCGCCAGAAGACGCCUCCGCCGGCGUUGAGUGCCGAGCAGCACUUGGCCCGCAUCGAGGUGUUCAAUUCGCUGGCCGUGACAGCUCCCCAAAUCGAGGUGGACCGCCUGCGCUACGACAGGCGCCACAAUAUGAGCGGAGAGGAUUAUGCGCCGCAUGUCCGGGGUCAGCCGGUGCCCAGCGAGGGUACCCUCUGUCUGUCCAUCUCCAAGUUGGCCAUCUCGUUCUGUGUGCUGGGCCUGAUCUUUCUGGUCGCCGUGGUGGUGGCCAUCUUUUCGCUGAUCCGGUCACGACGUCGGGAGCGCCGUCAUGGAGCCGGACUGAGCUUGGGACUGGGCCUGGGCAUCGCCGGGACGAGCACCUCGAACAGCAGCAGCCGAUUGCAUCGGGAUCGGGCCGAGAUCUGCACCUCGAUGUUCUCCUCUAGCAGCGAAUCGGCGCAAUCGCAGCCGCGUUUUGGCGCCAAGUUCCUUAUGCCCUACUAUCCCAAUACCUUGCCCUACGGUCGUGUCUACUAACUGACUAACUAGUUAAUAGAUGGACCUCCCAGAGACUGACGGAUUCGUCUAACGAGUGGUACCAAAAUAAGGUCUAACUUUAGCAAUAUUAACCUACCGUAUGUAACAUUCGGUUGGCCGAAAGGAUCUUGAAAGCGUUUUGCAAGCGGGUUUGGGGCUAAAACGUAUUUUGAUGUCCUUUCGUUCUAGUUGUAAUUAAAACCUACGUAUAUUUAAAAAUUAAACCUAAAUUAGUUGCAAAUGAAUAGAACAAAAAAUCCCUUUUUAUUUCUAUUGAUAACAUGUAAUUUUUCCAUUUUUUUUAUUUACUUAAUUAAUUAUUGAUGGUA